AAUUCCUUAAAAUAUAUACACUCAUAAUUAACGAAUGCAAACUGUAAUUGAUCAGGACCCGUAUUGUGUCAGUUUCGAGCUGCAGGCUGAAGUCGCCAUGUCAAAUGCGUGUUCUAAGUUAAUAGGGUUAUUCUAGGGAAACGCAGCGAGAGCUCGAUGACUCCUGAUCUUGUUUGGUAUCCGGUAACUGUCUUUUUACAAUAUUUAUUCGUUUAUCUUUGCAGAGAGUCCUGUAUACACUAGGAAUACACGGUUCAGUCUAUUUAUUCAAAACAAAGUAGCAGUUGUGUACACUGAAAUGCUUGGAAAAAUACAAGCAAACGUGAUAAAAGCGAGCAGGCUGCUGCUUGCAACAUUGUAACCAGACCCGUGAUGAGUUGGAUGAGGAGGAAGGUGCGAUCAGAACAGCGUCAGCUCAUAAACAUGCGUUUUGUUUUUCGGAAAAAUUUAUUUCAGUCUCUGCUGAAUGCCACCACUGAUUUUCGAAAAAUUUAAGCCACACUCAUCAAGAAGAUGGACAGCUAUGGGUUCUCCAGUGACAUGUUCAGUGGCAGAUCAGUUCUAGGGGAGGACAGCUCUGUCAUGGCCCGAAUGCAGAAGAAGUUCUGGAAGACCAAGCAGGUUCUGAUCAAGGCCACAGGGAAGAAAGAAGAUGAGCAUGUGGUGGCCUCUGAUGCAGAUCUUGAUGCCAAAUUGGAGUUUUUCCGUUCAGUCCAGAGCACUUGCACAGAACUCCUGAAAGUGAUUGAGAAAUACCAGCAAAGAAUCACACACCUCUCUCAAGAGGAGAAUGAGCUUGGACUGUUCUUGCGCUUCCAGGCAGAGCAUGAUAAAACAAAAGCAGGCAGUAUGAUGGACGCCACCAGUAAAGCCCUCUGCUGUUCUGCCAAGCAAAGGUUGGCGCUGUGUCCCCCUCUCCAUCGUUUGGAACAGGAAGUGGAGACGUUCCGGAGGAGAGCCAUCGCAGACACCCUGCUGACCGUGAGCCGGAUGGAGAAAGCCCGUACUGAGUAUCGCGGAGCUCUGCUCUGGAUGAAGGAUGUCUCACAGGAACUGGACCCAGAUACUUACAAACAACUGGAAAAAUUUCGCAAGGUUCAGACCCAGGUUAGAGGAACAAAAGUGCAUUUCGAUAAACUGAAGAAUGACGUGUGUCAGAAAGUGGACAUGCUGGGCUUCAGUCGCUGCAACAUGCUUUCACAUUCCUUAUGUACUUACCAGACAACACUCUUACACUACUGGGAGAAGACUGCACAUGUGAUGUCAGGCAUCCAUGAGGCCUUCAAAGGAUAUGUACCCUACCAGUUCACUACCCUUAAAGAAUUAAGGGACCCAUUGGAUCAGAUUGUCUCCACGCAGACAGCAGAGGACAGCAAAGACGAGGAAAAGAAGACGCAUCCAGACAACCUUGUUUCACUUGAAGAUGAACAGCUGGGUGAAUCAUCCGAUACUGUUUCUACUCGUGCGGUAGAUGGGCAGAGUAGAGGAUCUGACAGUUCUUUGUGUGCCAGUCUGGACUCUGCAUUGAAUGAACAAUUAGGCCCUAUUGGUGGAGAUGACGACCUCCUAUUAUUAACCUCUGAGCCUGGCUUGACCCCUUCUCUCAUUCCAAACUUGACCCCAACCCUACACCCAUCCAUGUGUGUUAUGCAGCCUCAGAUACUGCAGGAGGCCUCAAUGCCUCCUGCUAUUCAUUGGGGUGUAGGCGUAUCACAUGAGGAAAAGCAAGAUGCCUUACCCAGCAGUCUACCACCUGAAAUAGUAGGCAGGGAUCUGUUGUCUGAGGCUUUAGACUCUGCGGGGGUGAAAGAAGAGGAGGGAGAGAGAGGUGACCUGGCCUUCCUGCAGGAUCUGCUGAGUCCUGGGGCUGCGGGUGGCACUAGUGAGUUUAGUAAGGCAUGGCAGGACGCUUUCGGAUGUUUUGAGGCCCCUCCUGCUCCUGUUAUUGCUCCUUCAGUGCAAGCAGGAACAGCAAACACACCCACUGGCUUCCUGCCAUCACAGCUCCUGGACCAUAGCCUUAGCGCCACAGGAUGGGCGACUCCACCUAUGUUUCAAGCCCCGCCCCUCCAACCAUCUUCCAGUGGAGGACAGCCUACCCAGAAUAGUCCACACUCAUCUGCCAGUGCACCUAAGGGACGCUCCAGGGACAUGUCUGCCUGGUUUAACCUCUUUGCAGAUUUGGACCCUCUGUCCAACCCAGACGCUAUUGGACGCAGUGAUCAGGAGUUCCUCAAUGCCUGAGUGAAGGAUGGUCUGGAGCUUUAUCACAUCCCAAAUAUUCUUUGAUGGAAAGGAGUGCAUAUCCCAAGCCUGUAUUCGGAGCUGGAUCACUACCUCUCCUGAAACAGUUCAACCUGAGCCAAGGAAGCAUCCAGAAAUCU